CAGACUAGUUGUUUGAAUUUUCAAAGCAAGAUUUGCUUUUUUCCUUUUUAUAUUAAGGAGGAUUCACAUCUAGAUUACUUCUAUAACAAGUAUUUUCUGUGUCAGUUUCGCCAUCAAUUUUUUGAUUGCUCAAUGACUGGUCAGUGUUGAAGUAUUUUAAUGGUUUAGUUUUAAUUAGUUUACUCUUUCUUUUUGUGUUUUUAUAGUCAGGAGGAAUUAAUGCAGAAAUUAUAAGAUGAAGAGAAUAGAGUUAAUUUCCUUAGUAAUGCCUUGCCUGAUUAAAUUAAACAAACGUCCUUAGUUAUAUAAAUCUCCUUUCUCUGCCACUCACACUUGAGGUUGAGCAUGGCAACCCCAAAACUUGCAUUAUUUUGGCUCCUCCUGCAAUUCCUGGCCCUUGCUUUCUCUUUUUUUCCUCAUGCUUGCACUGCUCGAAGCAUAAACAAGCCUUGUGGAUUUCCUUUGUGUGGAAACCUUAACAUCAGUUACCCUUUUCGAUUAAAAACCCAGCCUCGUAGGUGUGGUCGUAAGGGAUUUGAGCUGGUGUGCGACAAUAACCGCGCCAUUUUCCCUAUGGAACGUGGGAGUUUCUAUGUCAAACACAUCUCUUAUGAUAACCAAACUAUUCAUCUUGUAGAUGUGAAUCUUGACAUAGAUAGGUGCUCUCUUCCUCUCAGUUCCCUUCCUUCCGGUGUCUCUAUAAGUAGAAAAUUCCUUGGAAUAACAUCUGAUACAUAUCUUCAUCCUGAGUCUGAGUUCGAGUUCGAUACAUAUACAUAUGAAGAGAUGUUUGUCAUGAAUUGCAGUAUGAAGAUAAACAAAUCUUGGUGUGGGGCUAAUUACAUAAAUGCUUCUCGUUGCUCUUCCUUUCCACCAACUAAUAUUAAUUACUUCUAUUUUUUGGAUGGAGGAACUGCAUCUUCUGCUUUUCAUCCCUCUUGCACUGUUGAAGCCCUGGUUCCGAUCGGGCUUCAUAACAUCAGUGGCCUCUCUACUUUUGAUAUAUACCAAAAGCUGAUGAUUGGUGCCCCAAUUUCAUGGAGUGUCGAUCAUGGCCCUCUGGAUUGGAGCUCAAUUGUUAACGUACUGAAAUCAUUGUACUGGCUGCUAGUGAUUGGGCUUCUUCUAUAUGUACAAAGCAUGUGGUCUCUUAUUCUCCCAGCCUCAGCCACAGCCUCAGCCUCAAACCUUAUUAUUCCACUCGGUGAAGAUAUGUAAGAAGAAAAUGUGAAACAAAGAAUGAAUGGGAUUGGAGUGUUGUAGUGAAGUCAACCUCCCAAUUGUAAAGGUUUGAUUGGAUGAACUACAAAAUUGAAUACUUGUUAUCCGUCCAUUUAAGUUGUAAUGUUUGAUUGGGCCUACCUCUACAAAUAUAUGA